CAGCACUGACCCUGCGGUCCUCGCAGACGGUCCGCCAUGCGCGCGCUGCUGUCGCUGCUGAGCGUCGGCCGAGGGUGGCGCGUGGGGGCCGCCGCCCGCCCUCCGCGCCGCGUCAUGUCCCUGUACCGCACGGAGGAGCUGGGCCAUCCCCGCUCGCAGGACUACCGCCUGUUCUUCAAGCAUGUAACUGGUCACUACAUCUCCCCUUUCCAUGACAUUCCUCUGAAGGCGGACUGUAAAGAGGAAGAUGGAAUUCCUAGGAAAAAGGCACGAAAUGAUGAAUAUAAGAAUUUGUUUAAUAUGGUUGUGGAAAUACCUCGGUGGACAAAUGCCAAGAUGGAGAUUGCCACAGAGGAGCCACUGAAUCCCAUUAAGCAGGAUAUAAAGAACGGAAAGCUACGCUACACACCAAACAUCUUCCCUCACAAGGGCUAUAUAUGGAAUUACGGGGCCCUCCCUCAGACCUGGGAAGAUCCUCAUCUAAGAGAUAAGAGCACAAACUGCUGUGGAGAUAAUGAUCCCAUUGAUGUUUGUGAAAUAGGCUCAAAGGUUCUUUCCCGUGGAGACGUGGUCCAUGUGAAGAUCCUUGGGACUUUGGCACUUAUUGAUCAGAGUGAAACAGAUUGGAAAAUAAUUGCUAUCAAUGUGAAUGAUCCUGAGGCUGAAAAAUUUCAUGAUAUUGAUGAUGUUAAGAAGUUCAAACCAGGUUACCUGGAAGCCACUCUCAAUUGGUUUAGGCUCUAUAAGGUACCAGAUGGAAAACCAGAAAACAAGUUUGCUUUUAAUGGAGAAUUCAAAAACAAGGCUUUCGCCCUUGAAGUUAUUAACUCUGCACAUGAACGUUGGAAAGAGAUGGUUAUGAAGAAAUGUGACAAGGGAGCUAUCAGUUGUGUGAAUGUGCACAUCUGCGAUAGCCCUUUUCACUGCACUACAGAGGAAGCAAGAUCAUUGGUUAAAUCGCAGUGCCAAUUAGAAACAGAUGUUAAUUUUAGACAGGAAAUUGAGCCAGUGAAUUUUCCAAAGAUUUUUGUGACAUGUAAUCUACAGCUUAAAAGGAUAUAACAGUGUCAAAAGGUGAGGAGUUAACAGUCUGCAUGUUCUUAAACUUGUUUUAACCUGCUGCCCCCAAAACCAGCCUAGUUAAGCAUGUUUUUGUGUGUGAGAGAGGAAGAUGUCUUGAAUAAUAAUGAUAAUCCUCAGUCCUUCUCCUCCUCCAUAUAUUUCAAGGGAAAUUAACCAAACCAUUGAUGAUCUGGGGAAAUGUACUAGGCAUCUAUCUACCUAUAUCUGAUCAAAAGCCUUGCUUUGGUAAUGCCACCAGGGUGAGCAUGACAGGACAGACAGCUUAGAGGUGCUAUUGUCUGAGUGUGGCUUGAAAGGAAACACUCGACUACCAGGUAGAGGACACAGUGGGCCAUCUGGCUUACUGAAAGAAAGUAUUUCUGAGCAUGCGUUCU